AGCACUUGGUUCAAUUCAUAAUUGCCGUUUUUUUACAGUCAAGCAGAAGACGUCGAAUUGACAAAAAUUUAAUCAUUCCCUUGUGGUUGCAACUUGCACAUUUCGUUUUGUCAAAUCACUCUUACGUUGGUUUUCUUUGAGUACAGUUGCAAAAUGCCUAGACCUAUUGAUGAACUUCGUGCAGAUGUUGAUGAGCUGAAGAAAUUGACAGACUUGGCCACGCGCCAAUCUGUGAGAGAUGUUUUGGGCAUCGAAACACGCCGUUUAGAAACUGAAAUCAGUCUUCAACUCAAAGACAACAUGUUCAAUCUUGAGGCAAAACCAGCUGCCGCAGCUGGAGCUUCUGCUGUCAGAUGUUACGAUGUCAAACUUACAAACUAUGCUUGGGAUCAGUCUGACAAAUUCUUCAAGCUAUUCAUCACUCUGGCAGAUGUCCAAACUCUUCCUGCUGAAAAUGUAGUUUGCACCUUUGGUUCCAGAUCCCUUGACCUCUCAGUUAAGGAACUAAAGGGUAAAAAUUAUUCUCUGGUCAUCAAAAAUUUAGCUGAAGUUAUUGAUGCAUCAAAGAGCCACUGGAAAGUAAAAACAGAUUCUGUGGUAGUCUUUCUAUCAAAAGUUAAACCAAUCACUUGGCCCACUGUUACUAUGGAAGAAAAGAAAAUCAAAGAAUCUAAAGCCCCCAAAUUUGACGCAUCAGCCAGCGACGAUCCACAGGCGAGCAUGAUGAACAUGAUGAAGCAACUCUACCAGGACGGCGAUGAUGACAUGAAGCGACAAAUUGCAAAAUCUUUUGCAGAAGGUCGAGGAGGUAAAACCCCUGAUUUAGGGCUUUGAAAACUUAAUUAAAUACUUAAAGUAUUUGUCAAUUCUUUAACGAACAAUAUACAAGAAACGUUAUCGAA